UUCGAAUAUCUUUGAGCAUCAGUCGUGAUGACCCAUGAUAAUCAACCUCAUUUAUAAAAUGAUUUCCAUCAAGCCUCUAUGGAAAUUUAAAGUGUGAGAUGGAAACAAACCCCUUAUAGUUUUCCUUGUAAAUCCUCACUAUGCGACGUCCAGUGAUCUCCCAGACGUCGUGUAAUGUGCCAGGGUAUUUCUGCCGCGUUGCAAACCAUUAUAUUGAUACCUCGACGACAUCCAAUAGAACUCCACCGGAAGAAACCCUGUGGAUUUUAAUGAAGACAUCGUCCGUGCGCAACGGUCGUUGGUAGCAUGUGUGAUGUUUACAACUUGUACGGCCAAGCGCCCUCGAAAGAUGCCGAGAGCACGCCUUUGACAAUCAUUUCCUCACACGUUCAGCUGGACCCGCAAGACUGCCAAGUUUCAUUCACUUACCGCAGAAAUGGAUCGGUCGACUCGGGUCGUCUGUCUUUGCACAGUCAAGAGCAGGCGAUUCAUGCGUCCACGCUCAGGCCAUCUUAUGGGCGAAAUGACAUGCAGCCCAUUAAAACGGACCCUAAAUACCAGUCGCAGACUCUGGACACAAGGGCCCUCCAGAGGUGCAUGGACCCAACAAAUUCAGAAACAAAAUACAUUGAUUCCCGGGCUAGGGAUUCAAGAACUGUCGAUUCAAGAGAAGAAGGCAAUGGACUUAGGCUUGGCACUGACCCGACCAUAUUACAGGACCGAUGCGCAACACUUGACCGGCACGGGUUCAACGCGGGUCACCCUUAUCAUAAAUUAUCUCAUCAAGAUCUUCAUUACUCGCAGCUGACGCUGACCCAAACCACGCCGCAAGUCAUCACUCCGGAAACUAUGGUACCUCUUCACUCCCUCACAGACUUGGGCGUAAUAUCCUACAGCAACUCCACGGAAACAUUAAGUGCCUCUAACAAGCAUCCUAACGGCGCAGCGCGACCGUACGGAAUGCCGUCCUCGGGUUCUUGCAGUCGACUUGCAAAAAGAAGUUCUUCGUCUACCAGCCUCGGACUUGAAGCUGAGGAUUCCCAUGCCUGCUGCUGCUCGACCUGCGGCUGCUGGAAGAUCUUCAUCUCUCUCUUCAUGUGCCUCGUCAUCUUUGGCGCGGUCGUGGUCGCUCUCUACUUCGUCAUCAGAUAUGCCCCUUACAAAAGCCUACCGAUUUCCGAAGAAGACGCUCGGGAUCCUUGCUCGAUUCACCCGUGUGAAUUCGGGGCCAUUUGCGUCCCGACUGGCGAAAAUAACCGGCCAACGUGCCGGUGUCCGGACCACUGCGAUGCCGAGCCUCCGGACCAAAAACAAGAGCUUUUUUGUGCCUCCGAUGGCCAAGAUUAUGAGACGAUGUGCCAGCUGAAGAUCGCUUCGUGCCGCCAGCAGAAACAGCUGCUGGUCAAAUACAAAGGCAGCUGUGACCCCUGCCGGUCUCUGAAGUGUCCGGCCUCGCAAGUUUGUCGCGUCGGCGCAGACCGGCGUCCUAUCCGUGAGUCUCGGCUCCUACCCGUGAGUCUCGGCUCCUAUCCGAACGACUGCCUCAUGAAAGUGGAGGGCUGUCGGAAUCUCAGGAGUCUGGACAUCGUGUAUCGCGGAGCCUGCGACGUAGGCCUGAACCCAUGCGACGCCGUGUCGUGCCUAGCGGGGGAGGUUUGCAAGAUCGACAGCUUCGGGCUGGCCCGAUGCGAGUGCCCACCGCGCUGCGAGCCCGUCGUCAUCCCGGUCUGUGGUUCGGACGGCGUCACUUACGACAGUCACUGCGAGCUCCGGAGGGCGGCGUGCAUCAGGCAGCUCGACAUCACGGUGCAGUUCGUGGGAGUUUGUGGAGGUGGAGGCGCAUGCUCAGGCCAUCGAUGUCAGCUGGGCGCCGUGUGCGUGGAGCGUCACGGGAAGCCCGUAUGCGACUGUCCCCCGUGUCCGGGUCUGCUAGAUCCCGUAUGCGGGACGGACGGACUCUCCUACAACAACGAGUGUCUGCUGCGCUCAGAGGCGUGCGUCAGACACACAAACAUCGGCAUCCAGUACCGCGGACGAUGUCGCGGCUGUGAAGAGAAACAGUGUCGCUUCUACGGCCUCUGUGAAGCCACUCCAGAAGGCCAUGGCCGAUGCAUCUGUCCGACCGUCUGUACUGAUGUGGAGAGCCAGGUGUGCGGAACGGACGAGCGGACUUACCUGAACGAGUGUCACCUGAAGGUGCAGGCGUGCAGACUGCAGCAGGACAUUGCUGUAUCGUCGCGCGGCGACUGUGACCUGUGCAAGCACGUGGAAUGCAAGUACGGAGCCCAUUGUGAGGCUGGCCAAUGCCUGUGUCCAACAUCGUGUCCAGACACAAAGGAACCCGUGUGCGCUACAAACGGCGUUACUUUCCUCAACGAAUGCAUGAUGCAGAGGAUGGCGUGCCAGAUUGGACAACCUGCUCUCAGGGUGGCUUUCUUUGGCGAGUGCUCGGAAGCUCGGUCGUCCGGAGUCAGAAUGCAAGAAGGUCGUGCCUACACCUACAACCUAGACGGCACAGCCUACCGCGUCAACGGAAGCAAAACCACUCUUGAAGGCACGAUUCUCUUCAGUCCAGUUGAACUGCCACCCCUCAUCCUGGACACUCCACCCACACCACCACCUGAUCCCUGCAUCCUGAUGAACUGUGAAUUUGGCUCCAAAUGCGUUAUUCUUGAUGACGGCUUACCGAGAUGCUCGUGUCCCCUCGACUGUACACAAGAAGAGUUCGUGUCCACGGAUCCAGUGUGUGCCAGCGAUCUAAAGAUGUACUCCAACGAAUGUGCCAUGAACAGGGAGGCUUGUCAGCGCCAGGUUGAACUACGUCUGCGACCUUUAGAGCUCUGCGAAGACUACGAGUUGAUACCGUGCAACAACGUCUCGCCUUUGGUGAACCCUGCGACGGGUCGCGAUUUCUACUGCGGUGAAGGACCGGACAAAGAGGAGUGUCCAAAGGGGUCGUACUGCCACUGGUCUUUGUCUUUCGCCAAAUGCUGUCCUCUCGAGAACAACACAGCAACCGACUACCCUGAGGAGACCGGCUGCCGGGCCUCCAAGUUUCAGUGUUGCCCGGACGGAGUAACUGAGGCCCGGGGAGAGAACUUCGCUGGAUGUCCGUCCAUUUGUCAGUGCCACAAGCUUGGAGCUCACGAGGAUACCUGCGAUCCUGUGACCAAUCAAUGUCACUGCAAGCCUGGGGUCGGCGGCACCAAGUGUGACCGCUGCGAGCCUGGCUUCUGGGGUCUACCGUUGAUACAGCGCGGCAGUGAUGGAUGCUUGCCGUGCGGAUGUUCGCUGUUCGGUUCCGUGCGCGACGACUGCGAACAGAUGACCGGACAGUGCGUGUGCAAGCCAGGCAUCGGCGGGAAGAAAUGCAACAUGUGCCCUGACGGACUUGUUCUUGGGCCCAAGGGAUGUCAGCCAGCAAGUGUCCACGCAACAACUGCCCCGAACAGCUGCGAUGAGCUGCAGUGCUACUUCGGUGCCCACUGCCACCAGCAGCUGCCUGGAGGCCUCGUCGAAUGCGUCUGUGACGCCCAGUGCCCCGCAGACUCGAGCAACGUCACGCCCGUCUGUGGCUCGGACGGCGAGACGUACGGCUCCGAGUGCCACCUCAAGCUCUUCGCCUGCCGCUACCAGAAAGACGUCGUCGCUCAGGGACUUGGACCUUGCAACCUGCCUGAAAACGCCCCCGGUCACGAAGCUGCCACGGAGAACCCGUGUUCACGUUCCCCAUGUCAUGAAGGUGCCACUUGCGUGCCCCAACCGAAGGGGAGCUUCACCUGCGACUGCCCUCCCCAUCGAUCUGGUCCCCUUUGUGGGGAACACCACAGCGCCCCCUACCAGACCCCUUCCUUUCAAGGCAACUCAUUCCUCGAGAUCAAGAAGAUCAAAGCGUACAAUAAAGUUCAGAUUGAGUUGGAGUUUCGGUCGUUCACGUCUAGCGGGCUGCUGUUGUACACGCAGCAGCAGGAGGACGGAGAGGGCGACUUCUUGUCACUUGCGGUGGUCGACGGUUUUGUCGAAUUUCGAUUCAAUUUGGGGUCCGGGACUGCAAUUAUCAGGAGUCAUCACAAAAUCUCGUCUAAAAGAUUUCACAGAGUGGUAGCAAAACGAUACCAGAGAGAUGGCGUGCUGCAGCUGGACGGUGCAGAAGACGUCUCGGGCAAAGCCCCCGGCCACCUCAAGUCGCUGGAUCUCAGAGGCUCUACGUUCCUUGGAUACGUUAAGGGGGACUCAACAAAACGAUACCAGAGAGAUGGCGUGCUGCAGCUGGACGGUGCAGAAGACGUCUCGGGCAAAGCCCCCGGCCACCUCAAGUCGCUGGAUCUCAGAGGCUCUACGUUCCUUGGAUACGUUAAGGGGGACUCAAGCAAGCCUUCUUCAACAUUCCCUAGAAUAUGGGAUAACGUGGGCACCAACGAAGGAUUGGUUGGCUGCAUUCGCUCCCUCCGCAUCAACGGUCGUCCCAUAGACCUGAUCUGGCCAGGGUCUAGUCAGAUCAUCCAAGGCUCGCUGGUAUCAGACUGCGUCUCGAGUCCCUGUUACAGUUUGCCUUGUUUGAACAGAGGCUCCUGCCGACCAACGGAUACCACGAGCUUCAAAUGCCACUGCCGAGAAGGCUAUCGAGGAGAUGUUUGCGAGGAACGAGAAGACCCUUGCGCUUCUCAGCCCUGCCACGGUGAAGCCACUUGCGUCCCUCUGCCAGACUCUGGUUUCAGGUGCCUGUGUCCACCUUCAAGAUCAGGCGAAUUUUGCGAAGUUGUGGACAGGACGUUGCGUGAGGUUGUCAUCCCGGAGUUCGAAGGAGAUUCUUAUCUGGAGCUGCCAACGCUCGACAACGUCGGGACGGCGUUCGCAAUCGAAGUUUGGUUCUUGACGCGGUCCCCUGAAGGUUUGCUGCUAUACAACGGACAGGGCAGCGGCUCCGGAGAUUUUGUGUCCAUCAACCUCAAGAAAGGACACGUUGAGUUCAAAUAUAACCUUGGCUCCGGAAUAUCCACAUUAAGGAGUUCAGAAGCUGUAGAGCUGGACACGUGGCACGUGGUCCGCGUGCGCCGUAAAAAGAGAAGAGGAACGUUACGCCUCGACCGCGGCAAGCCCGUGAGAGGCAAGUCCGGCGCCAAGAUGAUACAACUUAACCUCGAUCAGAAGCUUUAUUUGGGAGGCUUAGUGAACUACUCGAGCGCCCAUCCGGACUCCGGAGUGGCGCUUGGUCUGACGGGGGCGAUACAGCGACUCGUCGUCAACAGGCAAGAGAUGGAUGACCUGCCGAAGCGAGCAACCGCCGGCAAAGGAGUAAAAAAGUACCGUGGGCCUCCCUGUCUGCCCCAGCUGUGCCAUAACGGAGGCGUUUGCCAGCCUUUCCUGAGCAGAUUCGUUUGCAAGUGCCCCGUGGCUUUUGCCGGAGAUUUCUGCGAGAAAAAAAUAGGAGAAGUCAGCCAGUCGAAGCCUGUAAGCUUUGACGGCCAAACCUUCCUGCAAUUCCGCGACGUAACCAAGACGAUUUUGCAAAGCUUAAUCUUCGGUAAUGAGAGCAUCGACUUGAAUCAAUGGAAUUUACCUGUUCUCUGGUCUGAUUUGAAUUUGGACUACCCAACUGAAUUGAAAAGUAGCGAUGAUCUUGAUGAAAUGGUUUUCUUGGACUUGGAGGAUUACGACUCCGGUAAUGGCUUCAAUUUUGAGCUCUAUGGUCCUGGUAAUGAAGCCAUAUCCACACACGGAGAAGUACGGCAUUCCAAGAAUUUUAUCCGUGGCAGGAAUUCAACGGGAAAUGAGGAGAUACUCGCAGCGAAGAAAGGCAAACCGAGUGCUAAUGAUGUCUCAAUAUCUGUUCAAAAAAUGGACGGAAAAAAACUAUUGAAGAUAAACCCAGAUUUGCAAACAGUACGAGACCCAAUGCUUUUAGAUGCUCCUCGAAAUUUAUCCCUCCAAAGAUUUUCAGCUAUUGGAUCGAUGGAUAUAACAAAUAGAAUUUUACCACACCGAGCUCGAAUUCAUCACAGCCACAGGAAGCUGCGUCGACUGUUGGCUUCAGAAAAUAUUGCAGAUGAGCUUAUAGAUUUAAUCGAGAUGUCCAAUAUCACGCGGCGUCGCACAAAGGAGGAACUUAAGCCCCAACCGCGCAUCUCUGUUGAUGAACCUAAGCCCCAAAUUCCUCACACGACCAGCGCGAAUAAGCCAGAACCACGUCACACAAAUGAAACACCGAAGCUCCCACUCCUUCAGCAAAAAGAUAGCCAUAAUAAAAAUCAACUGCGCUACACGAAUGAGACACCGGAAACAGAACUACAUGACACAAAAACUACUCAUAACUCGGAACAACCAAGCUCCGUCGGGAAACAAAAGCCGCAAUUGCGUCACACAAAAGAUACUCUCACCGCAUCACAACGUCACACUACUUCUGCAUCUGAGCCAAAAAUGCGUCACGCGGAAUACACUCCCAACGCUCAACGUUACACUAUUAAGGCCCCUAAGUCACAAUCGCGUCGCAAACAGGCGAUUCACUACGGUGACCAACUGCAAAAAGACGACGACUCUCAAGAGCUCGUCAUCGUCGACAGGCAGGAAGAAAAGGAGACGAGGGCGCAAGAGCGUCUCACCACCAACCACUUUCAAGUGAAGUUCCGUACCACCGCCACGCGCGGUCUGCUCGUCUGGAGCGGCCGUACGCUGGCGCGCGAUCACCUCGCGCUCGCCCUCGCCGACGGCUUUCUCAACCUCAGCCUUAACCUUGGCGGCAGCAACACGCUACAAGUUCAGUCCCAGGUGGAUGUAUCAGACGGGGAGUGGCACAGUGCCGUGGUGCACCGGCGCCGGCGGUUGGCAGUGCUGAGAGUGGACAGCGAGUCGCCGGUACGCGGUGUGGCAGAGCGGGGCAGCGAAGAGCUAAACUCCGACGACACACUCUGGCUCGGUGGAAGUCCCAACUUGCCGGAAGGCCUACCCAGUGCUUUCUACCACGGCUUCAAAGGCUGUAUCGAUCAGCUGCAGGUGCACAACAGAGACGUAGACUUGUCCUCCCACGUGGGCGCCGAGAAGAUCCAGUUCUGUGAUAGCAUGAGAUAGCAGCGAUAACGAUCUGUAGCCACGUUUACCAAUUACAAUUUAUAAGUAGUUUGUAAGUGGCCACUCAAUACCGACGGUUGGCCACUCAAUGCCGAUGAUUGGCCAAGGCCAUUCAUAUGGCCAAGAAUGUAAGACCAUGACAGGGUUUUAGCUGUAUGAUUUGUUAAUACCUCAUUGCAAUUUUUCGCUCGUUCAUCUUUUUCUUUUCGCUUACCGAUGCGUGGGCACCGAAAAUUUAGAUAUCGAUUUAUCGGUUUGGCCACAGGCAAGACUGGUAUACUUUUUAGGUUAAAGAAAAUCUCUUUGAUAACAUGCGUAUCGAUACGCGUUUUGGCGCAGUGAGAUUAUUCAUAAACGUUCGUCUGGUCGACAUCUGUUUGCCAGAAAAAAACGAAAUUCGUAUUCACGAUACAGACUUUAAUAAAUUAUACCUAAGCGUAUUAUUAAUCAUUGUUAUUGUAUGAAAAAAAGAAAUAGAUAUUUUACCCGUGAGCCAGAAAGUUGCUAUUGCAUCUAGAAUAAUUUUGUAAUAUUUGCAUGUAUAUAAGUUGAACUUUAUGCUCGUGAAUUGGCAAAUUGCUCAUAUAUUUAUCAGUCGUGAUGAAUGGGGAGAUAGAAAACGCAAAUAAUUGUUAUUAUUCAGCAAUAAACUUGAUUGAAAUGUAGUUUUUGAAUCGUAUGGAAUGUCUGCAUUGAUUUAUUCUUCCACUAUUUCAGCGUGAAUGGUACAAUGUUAUUUAGAAAUUUACGUACGAAUCUCAGGGAAGUUGGACACUCGUAAGUACUGAUAAUUGUGAGGACCCACGAUGAUCGUAAAUCUAAGUUUGCUUCAUUAUAUCAUUGGUUUAGCUACAAACCCAAAAAUUGAUUCGCUGAUCGUUUUUCGUUGCUAAAAUUAUUUUUUACAUCUGCAAUAACACAGCAAAAUUCGAACUCGUGCAGCCAUUCAGAACUCAAACAUUUAACACGAGCUGCCAAUCAGGGCUCUCGCUCUUAACUACAGUGACCAAUUAAAACUCUGGCUUUAAGCCAUUUUAAGCCAAUCCCAGGAGACACCUCUGCGCCAUACGAAUAACGAUCUGAACAAGCAUGCAGUGUUCGGCAUCUAAAAUAUGCAUUUUAGCAUACACUUGUAGCAUACACAAUAUGCAUAAAUAAAAUAAAUAUGCAUACACAUGUAGCCUUUGAGGUAUUGCUUAAAAUUUAUUUGAGGCACGCAACAUGAAAAAAAUCUGGUUCAUUUACUAAGUAAUUGCAGUCACUAUGAGUGGCAUUGCCCGCCACUUUUGAAGUACCGUAGUGCAUUUCACGUAAGUGCGGCAUUUAAAAAGAGAUGUGGCAAGCGCAAAUACAUAACUUAUAUUAUUGUUUUAAUAAUAAAAUUCACUGUUUCACUAAAAUUCAUUUGGUUUUUAGGUUAUAUAUACACGGGGAUAAUAAAUAGGACAGAACAUCGCAUAAACUUGGUGAUUUUGCUCAUCAAAAGGGCGUUUCAGUGCUACGUCUGCUCUCUGCUCAUGUCAUGGCUAAGAAGCUAGGUCAUUAUUCAACAGUUAGACCCAUUUACUUUUAUGAGUGAUGCGAGCCUCGACCACUGCUCAUGCAGCCUAUGUCCUCGUGUUGGCCUUCUAUCGCGCAUGCAAGUUCUUUACUCGCUGUGCGUACGUGUUGUGCAUAUAAUGCAUUAGUAUUUCCCAUAUGUUUACAGGUGAACAUAUCCUUCAAUUAUUGCUUUUAUGUUUGUCCAAGUUCCCGGGCGAAACGUUCUAUUACAGUUCUAAUUUAUUCUUAUAAUUUCUUGUUCAUUUUGAACCCUAUUCUGCUUUCAAACCUGAAAUUUUAACUCUGAAUUAGACUUACUCACCCGGAAUUGUUCUAUCUAAUUUUAUUGCCUCAGAAUGGGGCAUGCAUCUCACCUAAUUCGCCUCUUAAUUAAUUAAAACAGUUUUGCAUCAAGUUUGUUUUUAUAUUCUAA